UUGCAGGUGUUGCUAGCGGCUUCAGUGCCUCGGAAAAUUCCUCCAUUUAAAAACAGAAACUCGGGAAGGACAGGGCAAUAGGACUAAAAUGGGGGACCACCAUUUGUAUGGGAAUUACGAUAACAUGGAAGUGCUAUUCUAUGAGCAGAAUUCCCACAUGGUCGGUCACCACAACAAAUAUGACAAGAACUCCAUGCGACUGAACCUCCGUCCUCCAGGAAUGACAGGUCAGGAGAACUUCAGACCCAGCGCUAGUAGAAACUUGUUCUCAAAUUCUCCCGACUUAGGGACUUUCAAAAUCGUUACCCCUGACCUUGAAAAGUUUAUCGGGAAUAAUACUGGCUUGACGCCGAAAGGGAACCCUAUACAGCUGCCGUCUCCCGAGUUUCCGUUAUUUAGUUUAGUGUCGCCGGAGUUUGACAGGAUUCUACAAAGUAUACAAAACAAGACCCCUACGCCAACUCGCGUACUUAAAGAAGGAAACACUGUAGCGCGGCAGAGGGAGGUUUACGUGCAGGGAUUUGCGGAGGCUCUGCAACACAUACACGAUACACAGAACAACAGUUCCAGUGAGCAGUCUGUGGCUGUUAAAGUAAACCAUGAAAGCGCCCCUUCGCAAGACACUUAUAGUAUUCACAGCUAUCAGCACGCUCCCCAGGAGAGCACGUGUGACUUGGAAUCCAUGCAUUACUCGGGAAGUAUUGGGACUGUGUCGAUGCAUCAGGACUUACACCAGGAAAUGGCUGAACACAGUAGUAGUUCGUUUAGCGAUCAUAUGACAAGCGAGGUAACAUUUAAAUACGAGGAGCAAGCAGCGCCUCCGCAUAAUUCGGGGUUGGGUGGGCUUCCGCUUCCACCAAUAGACUUAGAACUUCAAGAGAUUGUUAAACGCGAGCGCAAAAAACAAAAAAAUAGAGUUGCCGCGUCGAAAUGUCGCCGCAAGAAACUCGAGCGCGAGGCGCAACUUGAAGUGCGCGUGCAACAGUUAAAGGAAAAGAGUAUUGAACUAAAUGCUGUUGCCAGCGCCCUGCGGCAACAAGUCGGUGAGUUGAAGCAACGCGUGUUAGAACAUGUAGCCUUCGGCUGCCAGUUGCCUGCUGUAACGAACUCUGCAUAUUGAGUUAAACAGGGCGUUAUUUGUACAAGCGAUCUCGGGUCCCAUCCAGAGAGGGCAGGUCCCCAUCACCUGGCAGCGAGAGAACACGAGCCAAAGUCGUCCACAGGAAUUUUGUGGUCGCAACAGAACUAAUUUGAUGAAGGGAAUAAGGCUUACGCCUUAUCAUACCAUAUUUGAACCUUGCAUUGAGUUGUACUUUAAUAGAAAUGCACCUCUAGGGAUUGUGUGUCACGGGAUAAGAUGUUAUUUGAAGCUAUGUCGCGUCCCCUCUAAGCAGAACAAGAACUUUAUUCGCGCGCUGCGCGCCCUUAUUGGCGAAUUCAGUUCAAAGAUGGACAUUAUAUGGAAACUAUGUAAGUUUUAACUUUGGAAAUACGUUGAAUAAAUAAAUAAAAGACCCUUAGUUAAAAGUA